GGCUCGGGCUCCGGCUCCAUGUGCGCGGCUGGAGGCGGCUCCGCUCCCCGCUCCCUCCUCGCCGCUCCCCGGGCGCGCAGCGGCUCCGGCUUCCCCCGGGGCAGGGGCGGGAGGCGGCUCCCGCAGCUCUCCGCAGCUCCCCGCAGCUCCGCCAUGGCUUUCGCUAAUUUCCGCCGCAUCCUGCGCCUCUCCACUUUCGAGAAGCGGCGCUCCAAGGAGUACGAGCAUGUCCGCCGAGACCUGGACCCCGGCGAGGUGUGGGAGGUGGUGGGGGAGCUGGGAGACGGCGCCUUCGGAAAGGUCUACAAGGCUAAGAAUAAGGAAACUGGUGCCUUAGCAGCUGCCAAAGUCAUUGAAACAAAGAGCGAAGAUGAACUGGAGGAUUACAUGGUGGAGAUUGAAAUACUGGCCACCUGCGACCACCGGCACAUCGUCAAGCUGCUGGGAGCAUUUUAUUGGGAUGGCAAGCUCUGGAUCAUGAUCGAGUUCUGCCCGGGCGGGGCUGUGGAUGCCACCAUGCUGGAGCUAGACCGGGGCCUGACUGAGCCCCAGAUCCAAGUGAUUUGCCGCCAGAUGUUGGAAGCUCUCCAGUACCUCCACAGCAAGAAGAUCAUCCACCGUGACCUGAAGGCAGGCAAUGUGCUCCUCACCCAGGAUGGGGACAUCAAGCUUGCUGACUUUGGAGUGUCUGCCAAAAACAUGAAAACCUUGCAGAAGCGAGACUCCUUCAUUGGGACCCCUUACUGGAUGGCCCCCGAGGUGGUGAUGUGCGAGACCAUGAAGGACACUCCGUACGACUACAAGGCUGACAUCUGGUCCCUGGGGAUCACGCUAAUCGAAAUGGCCCAGAUUGAGCCCCCCCAUCACGAGCUCAACCCCAUGAGAGUCCUGCUGAAGAUUGCCAAGUCCGACCCCCCGACGCUCAGCUGCCCUUCCAAAUGGUCCCUGGAGUUCAGAGACUUCCUGAAGACAGCGCUGGACAAGAACCCGGAGACCCGGCCCAGCGCUGCCCAGCUACUGGAGCAUCCCUUUGUCAGCAAGGUGACCAGCAACCGGGCCCUGCGUGAGCUGGUGGCCGAGGCCAAGGCUGAGGUGAUGGAAGAGAUUGAGGACAGUCGGGAGGAAGCAGAAGAUGAGGACUCAUCAGAGUCUGCCUCGCCCCCCGGGAAGCACAGGCGGGACCCCUCUGAGCUGAGUCGGCUGAGUUUUGAUGGGGAGAAGCCUCCAGACUCUUCUUUGCCCAAGGCAGUGAAUGGACCUGUGAGGACUGGCAAGGAGACCACAGAUGGACAGAGCAAUAAAGUAUCAGAGGAAAGGAUAAGCAGUGACAAUGACAAACUGGAGAGCAACCACUCCACAAAAACCCUUUCCAGCUCUGCCACCUCAGUGACCCAGGGCAAGCCAGAUAUCAUCUCACAGCCUGGGCAGCUGGGUAACUCAACAGAGGGGGACAAGCCUGGGUCCGGCAGCAAGGAGCGGAAGAGCAUCGGGGAGCGACCAGAGAGCAGCCACCUGGAGAACUUCACAGAGGAGAAGCUUUCCAAUGGGAGCUUGGAUCCCCCAGCUCCGUUCCUCAGCAGCCGCUCCAAAGGGGAUUCAGAUUCUGGCAGCACUUCAGCCUCUGAAAGCAUGGACCUCACCAUCUCCCUCUCGGCUGACCUGUCCCUCAACAGAGAGAGUGGCUCCAUCUCGCUAAAGGAUUCCCGGAUGCACAAGAAAACACUGAAACGCACCCGCAAGUUUGUGGUGGAUGGAGUAGAAGUGAGUGUCACCACCUCAAAGAUCAUCAGCGAGGAUGAGAAGAAGGAUGAAGAGAUGAGAUUUCUCAGGCGCCAGGAGCUGAGGGAGCUGCGUCUCCUUCAGAAGGAGGAGCACCGAAACCAGGCCCAGCUCAACAGCAAACACCAGCUGCAGCUGGAGCAGAUGCUCAGGCGCUUUGAGCAAGAAAUGACGGCCAAGAAGAAGUUCUAUGACACCGAACUGGAAAACCUGGAGCGGCAGCAGAAGCAGCAGAUUGAGAAGAUGGAACAAGACCACUCGCUGCGCCGGCGGGAGGAGGCCAAGCGCAUUCGCCUGGAGCAGGAGAGAGACCAUGUCAAAUUCCUGGAACAGCUGAAGCAGAUGAAGAAAGAGGUCAAGAACGAGGUUGAGAAGCUGCCACGGCAACAGCGCAAAGGGAACAUGAAGGUGAAGAUGGAUGACUUUGCCCAGAAAAAACAAACCAUGGAACAGGAGUUUUUGGCCAAGCAGAAGGAGGACAUGGAGCUAGCCAUGAAGAACAUAACUGCCCAGAACAAAAAAGAGAUCUGCGACAAGGAACGCGAGUGCCUGAACAAAAAGCAGCAGCUCAUGAGAGACCGGGAGGCAUGCAUCUGGGAUCUUGAAGAGCAUCAGCAACAGGAGAAGCACCAGCUUAUUAAGCAGCAGCUAAAGGACCAGUAUUUCCUCCAGAGGCAUGAGUUGCUCCGAAAACAUGAGAAGGAAAGGGAGCAAAUGCAGCGAUACAACCAGCGCAUGUUGGAGCAGCUGAAAAUCCGGCAGCAGCAGGAGAAAGCCCGGCUGCCCAAAAUCCAGCGGAGCGAAGGGAAGACGCGCAUGGCCAUGUACAAGAAGAGCCUUCACAUCCACUCCAGUGGGAGCGCAGCCGAGCAGCGGGAGAAGAUAAAACAGUUUGCUCAGCAGGAAGAGAAGAGGCAAAAAGCAGAGCGGCUGCACCAGCAGCAGAAGCACGAGACGCAGAUGAAGGACAUGCUGGCCCAAUGCGAGAGCAACACGAAUGAGCUCCAGCAGCUGCAGAAUGAAAAGUGCCACCUCUUGAUUGAGCACGAAACCCAGAAGCUCAAAUCCCUGGAUGAGAACCACAAUCAGCACAUGAAGGAGUGGCGGGACAAGCUGAGGCCACGGAAGAAGGCCCUGGAGGAUGAGCUGAACCAGAAGAAGCGAGAGCAGGAGAUGUUCUUCAAGCUGAGUGAGGAGUCAGAUGGACAGACCCCAGCAACCCCAACCAAACAUGCCAAGUUUGUUCCCUUCAGCUCCACAGAGAACUUGUAACACCCCACAGCUGGCAGGCCACCAGCUGAUACUUGCUGUGACCUCCUGGGCUGCAGGUGGGCCACUUGGACUUGGAAAACCUCUUGGCAGCCUCUUCUCACAGCAUCACCCUCCUGUCCCUUCACUCUGUCUGGGAUAAACGUGGCUCCUACACUGGGGGACACUGACUGGAAGUUUUGGUGGCUUUUCCAGGAGCUGGCCGGCUCAGCACAGCUCCAGCCUGGGAAUUCAGGCAGGCCCCUUGCUGUGAUUGUACUUGCACUGCUAGCUGGGUGUGUUGCCUUCACGUGAGCCUGGUGCUCACCAGGCUUGUCACCUCAGACUGAAACAAUAACUGCUCUGAACAGAAGGAACAGGUGAUGGCUCCUGCCUUCUGCACGCAGGUUUUCAGCUUCUCUUUCCACUGUGGCUGCUCUUAUUCCCAGUCCCCUGUCAGGCUAGUCUGGGGCAGAGCAGCUUUGACAUUUCCUUAUGUUAACCUUGGCCUUGUGGCACCCCAACACUUGCCCUAGAUUUAUUUCUAUCUACUGUGGCCCCUUUCUGCUCAAAGCAGUGAUAGCAAUUUGGAUUUUUUUUUUUUGCCUUUGAGGUGGGAGGAUUGUCUUCUUUUCUUUCCCCUUCUUCCCCAUACUGACUAUGCAGAAAUGGGACCAGCUGAGCGUCCUUCCAAAGAUGCUUCUGCUUCUUUGUUUGCUGUGGCUGCUCACACCACAUUCCCUCUGGCACUUAAGCAACACUAUCUUGUGAGAGACUGGACUAUGGCAUAAUUAAGCUGUUCAGCUGGCUGCAGGGUUUUCUCUCUUAAAGAAGUGGAUGUGCAUGUGCAGAGGGGGAGGUUGGUAAUGGUGCUCAGUCCUGCAGUGACACAGUGAGGUAUUGGUCACAGUCGUGUGCAUUUGUCAGGACAAGUGAGGGGCAGAAGGGUGUUAUUGCCAGAGUUCUCAUGAUCCACACAUGUGCUUUAGGUGUUUUUUUUUAAAUGUAAUAUAUGUGUUGGCCAUGUGGGUCAGCCAGCCUGGACACUCUGCAGUCAGGGUUAUGGGCUGCAAAGCAUCAUUUAGAAAGAACAAAGGAGUCUUGAAACAAGGGAUGCAAGGGAAAAGGAGAUACAAAGACAGGUCACAGUGGCUUAUUACUCUCAGCAUUGCUUUCUCCACUGGUGUAUCAUCAUUGUUAUUAUGUUUCUUGAAUUAUUCUCCUGGCAUUCAGCUUGGAGUCACACUGCAGAGUGGCAGAGCAGCUGCAGGUCCAGCCCUCUGUCCUUUCUGCUCUGUGGCAGGGCAUUUUGGCUGGGCUGCCUUCCUCCUCCUGCACGAGGCAGUGCUUGGCUGAGCUGCUAGGUAGGACUCAGAGCACACAUCUGGGUGGGGGGACAGAGACCUCACUGGGCAGCACCUUCUUCUUUACACAACCAAAAGGUGUAAGGUAGGACUUCAGUUUUUCUCUCAGUUAAUCUCUGAACAGCACUGUUUGCUUAGGCAAGAAAAAAUGUUUCUGUUUAAAAAAAAAAAUUGUUAUUUUAAAGACUCAUAUUGAUUUAGAGAAACAGGAAAAGGUGGUAUGUGAUGUGCUACAUUUCUAGGUACCUAGCUGAAGGAGUCAACCCCCAGGUCUUUAACACCUACAUACUUAUAAGCUUCCUGCAAACUAGCAAGACUACAUCCACUUGGCCCUUUCAGGUUUCUUAUGAAUCCACACCAUUAAUGUCUCUAUUAAUAAACAUGGCCUGGAUGGACACCUAAGGGCUGGGACCCUUUGCAAACAGACUGCAUAGCAGCUUUUCAGUAUAGGCCUGUCCUCCUAGGAGGACUGCCCAUCCCAUCUCCAAAAGUAUUGCCUGUGCCUUUCAGAUGAUAGCACCAGGUGGGGGGCUAGUGUAAAAAUCAAUGAAUGCAAAGAGUUGUUUCUGAACCAGGACAAUGUGGUGGUUUGAGACUUUUAAUUGCACUAGAAAUGUGUUACAGCAGCCUCAGGAGUUUUGUUCCUGGUCCCAUGGGAGUCAGGUUGGACAUACAUUUAUGAAAUGGUUGUUGCCACAGAAAUCAGUACCAGGUGCCUGUCCUUCAUGUGUUACAUGUGACUGGCAGAAAGGUGUCCUGUAGCAGUACUGUUCAGAACAUACCUCCUCCAGCUGAAGGGCAUUGCUGCCUCUGCCCUAUUCACCGGCCCAGGGAGUGUCUGUUCUGUCUGGAUCUUGUGCAGCCACGAGGAAGGAGACUACUCCUGGGGGCUUUUAAAGAGCUGAUGUGAUGCCUCCAUGGUAAACCGGUUGUCCCUUUCUCCAGACUAGCUUACCUGCAGCCUGGAGCUAGAGACAUAGUUUUGCUUUUGCUAACAGGGGGUGGGAAUAGUUUUGUCCCCUGCCCUCUCCCUAUUCUCUGUUCCCUCUCUGGGUAUGCCAGAGCUCUAGUACUAUGUCCCUCUCCCAGGAGAGGGCAGGGGAGCACAUCUUCUGAUUGUCAUGUUUACAGGGUGGUUAUUUCCUCCCCCCCUUUCAGAAGACAAUGUUUUGUUGUUUGCUAUUCCAAAGGAACCAUGAAUAAACCCAACUUGUUUUCCAGGGAAAAGGGGAUGCCAUUUUUUGCAAUGUGGCUUUGAAUAAAAAGUUUUUUUUAAUAUUUUGUAAAUUGUCUUCAGUGGGGCCACCGCUAUGAUGUAAAGACCCUUCUAAUAAAGUAACAGACUGAGAAA